AUGAAGACAACCUCAGCGAAUACGAAGAAGCGAUCCAGCUCAGUGAAGACGAGCUCAGUGAAGUGUCCAAAGUCCGAGAGGGAUAUCUUCAAAGGGAUAAGUUUGAAGCUAUUAGCCAUGGAGCAGCUUCUUAUUCAGCAUCCUGAGUGGCAUGGAAAGGUUGUGUUAGUUCAGAUAGCCAAUCCUGCAAGAGGGAAAGGGAGGGAUGUGAAGGAAGUUCAAGAAGACACUAAGGCGACGGCGAAGCGGAUUAAUGAAGCAUUUGGUAAACCUGGUUAUGAUCCUGUCAUUCUGAUUGAGGAGCCAUUAAGGUUUUAUGAAAAAGUUGCAUAUUAUGUUGUGGCCGAGUGUUGUUUAGUGACUGCGGUUAGGGAUGGAAUGAAUCUCAUACCGUAUGAAUAUAUAAUCAGUCGUCAAGGAACUGAAAAAUUGGAUAAAGUUUUGGGAAUAGGUUCGUCUCUUAAGAAAAGCAUGCUGGUUGUGUCUGAGUUUAUUGGUUGUUCGCCGUCUUUAAGUGGAGCUAUUAGAGUGAAUCCAUGGAAUAUUGAUGCGGUAGCAGAUGCGAUGGACUUGGCUUUGGAAAUGGCUGAUUCAGAGAAACAGCUUAGGCAUGAGAAGCAUUAUCGAUAUGUUAGUACUCAUGAUGUCGGUUAUUGGGCUCGUAGCUUCUUGCAAGAUUUGGAAAGGACUUGUAGUGAUCAUGUGAGGAGAAGGUGGUGGGGGAUUGGUUUUGGAUUGAGUUUUAGAGUUGUAGCACUUGAUCCAAACUUCAAGAAGCUAUCAAUGGAGCACAUAGUUUCGGCUUACAAGCGGACAAAAACUAGGGCGAUCCUUCUAGAUUAUGAUGGUACACUAAUGCCUCAGGCUUCCAUUGAUAAGAGCCCAACCAGUAAUUCCAUUAAAAUGCUUAAUAGUUUGUGUAAUGAUGAGAACAACAUGGUGUUUCUCAUCAGUGCUAAAGGCCGAAUGAAGCUUGCUGAGUGGUUUUCUGCUUGUGAAAAUUUGGGAAUUGCUGCCGAACAUGGUUACUUUUUAAGACUUAGGAGGGAUGCAGAAUGGGAAACCUGCGGACCUGUAACAGACUCCAGUUGGAAACAAAUUGCCGAGCCUGUCAUGAAGCUUUAUACCGAAACAACCGAUGGAUCCACAAUUGAAGAUAAAGAGACCGCACUUGUUUGGUGCUACGAGGAUGCAGAUCCAGAUUUUGGAUCGUGCCAGGCUAAAGAACUUCUUAAUCAUCUUGAAAGUGUGCUUGCAAAUGAACCAGUAACAGUGAAGAGUAGCCUGAAUAAUAUAGAGGUUAAACCACAGGGUGUGAACAAGGGACUUGUAGCUAAACGCCUACUUUCGACCAUGCAAGAAAAGGGACUGUCACCUGGUUUUGUCUUGUGUAUCGGAAGAGAAGAUCUGGUGUUGCAUAUAAGAUCUGGUAGACCUAAGAAGAUUAGGAUAAGAGAAAGUGGAGAGGAUGGUGCAAGGAAGAGAAGAUCUGGUGUUGCAUAUAAGUGCACCAAAUGUGAUAAUUUUGGUCACAAUGCUAUGACUUGUAAGGCUACCACUCAGGAUCCCAAUGCACUUAAAAGAAUGUUUUCUGAUGAUUUUGCAAUUUUGCUCUUUCAUUAUGAUAUAACUUUUUUCUGUCAUUAUUGGUAG